AUGGAGUACGCUGAUCUGGCAAAACUUAGUCAGAAAUUUGAGGAGAAUGUUUUGGAUGCUACAAAGAAAUUUGAAAAAUUAAUAGCUGACAAGAGAGAGAUUGAAGGACUGCCAGCUCUUGGAUUAGCUGCACAAAUCGUUGUGUUUAGGGUGUUGCAUUGGAUGCUAAUUCCGAAAUUGUUUGAAUGGGGUUUGAUUAUGUUCAAUUUGAAUUUUGUUUAUCCAAAUCUAUUAUGA